CCAGUGACGUGCAAUGGAAGCCAAGAAGGAUGGGGAGGACAACUCGCGCGCGCCACCAACAAAGAGAGAACAGGUGCGUGUGCCGUGUUCCCCACCGCCGCCACCAGCUGGCGCUGCGCUCUCGCCGCCCUCUUUCCCCAACCUUGCGGAAAGGUUGAAGGGAGAAGAGCAGGGAAAUCGGAGAGCCGACAGGGGCUGGAACUUUUGAUGGUGUGGGACUCCUGACAGCAGCAAACAGCAGCAGCAGCAGCAACAACUGCGAUGCAGCAGUGGGUGAGAGGAGGCGACGGGGCGCUUGGAAGGAGAGGUGUUCGCUGACUGCAGCGCCACCACCACCACCAUCAGCAGCAGCAGCAGCUGUCUGUGGGCGGCUCGGCGCCGGAUCGCACGGUCUGCGGUGGCUGCUGUGCCUGCGGACCACUUGACCAGCCAGUCAGUGCAAGAACAGAGUUAUCACAUCGGAAAAGAUACAUCUUCUCUUAUUGCUGUGAGGACUAAAACUCUAGUCGCACCAAGAGAACAAGGGAAACAACUACUUCCAUCAUCUAAUAAUUUCCAAGGAAACAUUCAUCAAAUUACAUAUCAUCCGGUAAAUCUUUCUAGUGAGAAUCUUCUGGGCUGUGUUGAAAAAUCCAGCUUUGAGCAGCCAACGUUUAGCUCUGAAUUCAUCGAGAAAGGAAAAGACCAUCCCCUGGCGUCCCCCUUGUCCCAGCACGCGCACUAGACUAGAGGACGAGGCUUUUGCGAGGAGUGUCUGAACUGUGACAAUCCUACUUUAAGUGCACGACUUGCACAGUUUUCCAUGUUCUCAUCACAUUAAAACUCAUUAGAAAUAUUAGAAACACACCCUGUGGACAGGAGGUAGAAUUGACCCUUGACGGUGAAUAUUCUUGGAGGGAAGGGUUGGUUACUUCCCAGCCUCCCGCAACCACAACAAUCCGUUGACAAAAAAAAACUUUUAUUGUGUGGAGAAUUCCGUUUUCUGCAGCAACUGAUGUCGAGCUGAUUCACCAACAUCAUCAAGAUUAAAAUAGACUCCCGAGCUGAGUAGGGCGAGUGACUCGAGUGCACUUCCUGGGCCGAGUCGGUGUGUGAUUUUUCUCAAGAGUGGGCCACUUGCGCCCAUCAGUCGGGUUGUGUGCAGCCUGCAUGGUGACAGGAUGCUCUGAUUCUCUGGCGAGGAAUACUCCGUCAUUGUGUCCGAGAUUCCAGACCUGGUUAUCAGCUGAUAUCGUCUCAGUUGACACAGUCGGUGUGAUUGGUGUGACAACCACCACUCCACUAUCUCACUGGUGUCUUCAGGAGAUCGCAUCUUCCGGCCUCCGGGGUUGGCAAAGCUGAAGGCAGUUGUGUUGUGUGAAGGAAGAAGUAGAAUUGUGUAUCAUCGUUUGACGAAAGGGAUUCAGCAGCCUCAGCGAUGGCGGAAGGGAGAUGUGCCCAGUGUUCUCGCUACUUUCUCAUCGUCUUCAACUUUAUCUUCUGGCUGUCCGGUGGCGUCAUCAUGGGCAUCGGCAUCUUCCUGCUGGCCUCUGACACGGUGGAGAAGUCGCUGUCGACACUGAUCGACAUGAGCGUACCCAUCGAGUUCGUCUCCACCGCCGCCAGCAUCAUGAUCGGCGUCGGCUCCUUUGUCUUUGUCAUCGGCUUCUGCGGCUGCUGCGGCGCCAUCCGCGAGAGCGCCAUCAUGCUGAGCAUCUAUAUAGCUUGCAUGGUGGUGGUUAUGCUCGGAGAACUUGGUGCCGGGAUCUACAUUGCGGUUGAAAAGGGAAAUAUUGAGAAUUCUAUUCGGGACGGCUUGGGGCUGAGCGUUCGCAACUACACCGGCAGCGGCAAUGCCACUAUAGACUUCAUGCAAGUGAAGUUCUACUGUUGCGGAUCUGAAAACUACACAGACUACCAACGGAGUUUCUGGUUCCAGGAGCAGCUAGAUACAUCACAAAAGUACUACGUACCACGCUCCUGCUGCGCAGGGAAGGGGAGGGAUGCCACCUCCUUCGAGCCUCACAGUUACUCCACUUGUAACAGCGAGGCUCUGGCACUGCAUCAGGCCUGGUCCACCUUCUCCGAGCUCCACCCCAAGGGCUGUUACGAGUCACUUUUACAAUGGCUGAACGAUCAAAGUCUUAUUUUCAUAAUUGUAGGCGUUGGAAUCGGAGUCAUUGAGAUCUUUGGGAUCAUAUUUGCGGUGUGCCUCUGUCAAAUCGAACGGAAUAUACGUCUGAACUCGGCAUGUGUUAGUGCAGAUGGUUAUUUCAAGAGAUGA